AUGGCUCUUCCACUGUACAUCCCACCCUGCAUUCAGACACCUGCCCGGCCGUAUCAUUUCCCAGCGCCCGAUAAACCGCUCAGGAUCCGAAUUGAGGGCCCCACAGCUGCCAUAGAACGUCUGCUGCCCAACACCCCGUGGCGCCUGGAGCUUGCAAACCAACAGUUCCCGCAGCCAGCCGGCCCAGAGCUGGCACGUUUGGCAUUUCAGACCAUAUACGGACGGGAUGUCACCCCCGACAGUCUGGCGGUGCGGCACGAGUAUUUACGCUGGGUGGCAGAGAAGCACCCGGAGGAUGUGAUUGAUUACUAUGGAGUGACGUUUGACCAUCUGGUGCCGGCAGGCGACAUCAACCCGGAGGUGAUGGUGAUCAACAUUGUCGAGGUUGAGGAAGACAACGGCGCGGAGGCCAACCAGUACCUCUUGUUCCAGGUGGACCCCAAGGAGUAUAUUGGGAAGAAAGUGCUCGCCGUGCCGAGAUGCUGCCAGAUGAGAAAAGGAACGCAGGAUCGCUGGGCGCUCAACUCGGAGGUUUUGGGGAGAGAGGACAGGCAGCUGAUGUUCAUGAAGCGCGAAGAAUGGGACAAAUACGUAGCUGGGCGAGUUGCGGCUCAGGCGACCGAGGUCAAGGCCAACUAG